AUGAUACACUCGCUAUCACGACAAUUCAGCAGUCGAUCAAGUGAGAUUGAAGACUUGGUCAGCAUUGCCAAUGAAAAUUUCAAAUUGCUGAUAGAUGAGUUUCUACGUAUUUGUGCCUUGAUCGAGCAAGACAAUGUCAUAUACCCACACCUUAAACCAGCUAAUCGCUUUACCAGCACGUCGAUUGACGAUGUACGGGCAUUUAUAAAUGACAUAGAUAAAUUCAAAAACGCACUGAAUCAAGACUUUCACAACGGAAAAUAUCAGACUCAAACUACUGAAGACCCUCGUAUAAAUCCUUACAGACUUUUCUAUCGACUGUUAACACGUACAUUAUACAAGUUGAAGAUUUAUUGUGCUACUUUCAGCGAGAUAUCAAGGAAGCUUGACUCGCUCUAUACUGCAGCUUGUCAAGUACUAACUAAACAGAAAGAUCUCUAUUAUCAACUUUCUAUUAAUGGCAACAGCAGUGACCUACUCGAAUACGAACUUAAAUUAGAACAACGAGAGCACCAAUAUUAUUGUGCGAAUGAGAAUCAACACACCUUACAUACACUUAAAGAGAAGCACUCAACAGUACUCACCACGUAUCUUGAUCAAUGUAUGAAAUUUCACAAACAUCUGUACAUCGAUAAUAUCUGUGAAAAUAGCGACAUAUUUUUGAAUGGCUUGUCUGUCGAUGAAAGUGAACGGCAACGAUUGAGAGAAAUUCUCAAAUGUAUUCCUAUUCCACUUACCUGUCCAAAUUUACGUACCAGAUUGAAUAACAUUCCUGGAUCUUCUAAGCAAAUGCCGAAUAAAACUUUAUCGACUUCGUUUAUUCCCAGUAAACCUCUCAGAGAUGAAAAAACUACUUCAGUGCCUGAUAAUCAUGUUAAUCAAAUUCUUCAGCAUCAUCGUUGGAUUGUUCUCCUAGGUGAUUCGGGAUCCGGAAAAACAACAUUUACCCGAUGGUUGACCUACAAGUUUGCACAAGCUUUGUCACAUGAUCACGAACAAGUAUCAUUCGGAGAUGAUGACAAAAUGAAAUGCUCGAGUCUUGUUCGUUUACCUAUUUUGAUCUGUGUGAAUGAAUUCACUGCAUGGUUACAGGAGCAUCCAAAUGCCACACUAUUCGAUUAUUUUGGACAACACACAUGGCAGAAUCAACCAUACACGAACGAUAGUAUCGAGUUUAUACAAGAUUUCAUUCGAUAUCGGCAUGCUUUGAUCAUAGUAGACGGUCUUGAUACAAUAGAUACGGUUGAACUUCGUGAUCAAGUUUUGAAACUUAUAAAGGAUUUUAUUGACACAUUUGUGCUUUCAGCAGACUUCAUCUCUGCUUUUGAUGAUGCCAACUUGGCGAAAAUGUGGACAAAUCAAGCAGACGAUUCUGAAGGCUUAGAGAUUGGAAAUGUAGUCAUAAUUACCAGUCAAGCAGCUGCUUAUAAGAUUUCCCCGUUGCAAAAUCAACUUAUUAGCACUCAUGUAAUUCUACCUAUGAAUAUUGAACAGAUGUUGGAAUUUGUCGACACAUGGUAUGCUAAUGUACAAACAAAUUUAGUCAAUUUAAUGAGCAACGUCGCGCCAACUUUAGACAAGAAACUUAGCGAACGUCUUUGUCUGUUACGCGAAACUCUUCACUCGAAGAGAGAAGUGAAAGAAUGGGCAUCGAACUGUCGUCUCCUGUCAGUUCUAUGCACUAUAUCUGUUCGACAAGACAUCGAAGCAUUAGCGAAUAGACGAGCAUUAUUGUAUGAGCAAAUAGUCGAAUUAAUUAUUCAACAAUCAUCCAUUGACACUGAUUUGCUCAAAUACGUUCUUUCUCAAUUCGCCUUAUAUAUCCAUUCGAAUUCAAAGUCGGGCCGUAUUGAUGAAUUCGAUUUAAAAGCACUUUGUCGGAUUUCUCUUAAACAGUGGAACAAUUCAAACCCACAUAAUCAAUCCUCUCUAUCCUUGCCGCAACUUCGAUGCAAAACAGAAGAAUUUACGAAAAAACUCGGCCAAGCUACAGGCAUAGCAGCCAUUCCGUAUCUUAAUACCUUUGAAUUCUUCCACCCAAGCUUCCGAGAAUACUUUGUUCAUUUAUCGUUCAUGACAAAAAAUUUAUCACCUGAACAAUUAGCUGUUUGCUGCUAUAACUUCUAUUCUCGACUGCUAGCCCAUGGUCCUCUUCUGUUCACUCUGAGCAAAACUAGCUCGGAGUGGGAUUUAGAACAAUAUGAUCGCUUCUGUAAUCAUUUAGUGUUAUAUAAUAGUCAAUGCAAUAAAUACGCUCCUUUAGGAGCUUUGUUAUUCGUUGAAUCUUUGGCGAACCUUGUUACUUUACCGUCAGAAGCAAUCAUUUUCAAAGCAUUAGAUCUACUAUUAGCGGGAAAUAAUGACGGACCAGAAACAUGUCGCUUUCAAGCCAAGCUCUCCGACGCUUUGACGAUCUUACCAAUCCCAACAAUUCAUCGAUGGUUGGCAAAUGUUUUGUCAAGUAAUGCUGAUAAUCGUCUUAGAUUAAUAGCAAUACUACCUGGAUUAGCCAUGGGCGAAACAAUUUCCAAAUGGAUCGAUUUGUAUUUUCUUAGCAUCAUUGGUGAUUAUCUCUACCACUUUGAAAAGCGAUUUAGCAUUUAUCUAGAAAAAUUUUUGACAGAAUGCAGUAGGAUUUCUUUCUCCCAACAAAUGAAACAUAUAUUUUGUGACCCGCGCAGUCAGCAGUCGACUGUACCUGAUGUGGUUACAAACUCAGAUCGCCACGUCUUAGCAGCUAUCAUAGCUUUGUAUGGAGGACUGAAAAGAACUGAAUUAGUAAAAAAUAAAGAACGAUCAGUAACAGUUACUUUUUCAUGUCAGCGCAUACAUCGAAGUUCGUCUUUGCACAAGAUGUUCAUUGAUUAUCUCAAUGUUUCCGACCACAAAACCAAUACAGUUCAACAUCUGAUCGAUCAAUGUCAUCAAAUUCUAAUAAACGCUGAACCCACCGAUGUAUCUUCGAAGUUGAUACAUAGUUUUAUUGUCUUAUUCUGUCUGAACGGCAUCAGUCCACCAUCAAAAUACGAGCAAUAUCCGAGUCAAAACGCUAUGCAUUUGGCUAUACAUCAGCUAAAACUUCUUCGAAUUUAUUUGCACGAUUAUUACAUCAACAUGAGAUCAAAGAAUACAAUUGACAUUCCUAGAUACAUCGAAGCAAAAGAUUAUCCGGAAGAUUUGAUGAUUGCUCAGGCAUUGACUCAUGCUUAUGGACUGCUAGUUUGUGUCGGUCUUUGUCCGCAUAAAAAUCGUCCCUAUCCACUGAAUCACACGCAUUAUGUUAAUCUUCAACUUCCAAUGUCGUUCGACAAAGAGCGAUUUCUUGCGAGUGGUGAUGAUAUACAUCUCGCUGUUUUAUCAUUUAUUUAUUGCAUUCCGUCAGUAGACUGUGUAGAUUCUAAUUAUAUUGUGGAGCUUGAAAAGAACGAUUUAGAACUGAUUAAGCGCGGAGAACAUCCAUUUCAAUUGCUCGAAGAUAAGCCGGCUCUUCUACUUAUCGCCUAUCUUCCAAAACACGUGCACAAACUUUAUACUCAUUUAGUCCAAGACCAUGGAUCUUUAGAGUUCGUGCAUCUUAUUUUCGAAUUUCUAAAUCAAAUCCCGUCCAUGGAAUUAUGUUCGUUACGCCUGUGGACUCUACUUGUUAUUCUCGAACCAGUCUUCAACAAAUACCAAGUAAUGAAUUUUCUUCGUGUUAUGAUUAACCAAAAGGCUGAGACGGUUAACGGUGAACUUUAUGAAUAUCUGAUCGAAACAUUAAUGAAAGUCACUUUCAUUCAGUCGUUGAUGGAAAAAUUAUGGUCAUUUAAUAAUUCACAAAACCGUUUCUAUUCUAUCGAAGCGGCCAUAAUUGAAGAACGACAGUGUCUAUCAAUUACACAUACUGGUGAUGAUUCCGAUGACCAACGAAUUUACACGGCCGGUAUAACUCUUGCUAAUUCGACAGAAGACAAAACGAUCCAUGCACAAAUUCAAUCAAUGAUUGCAAAUAUCAAUCAUCCAUUACGAAAACUAGAUGCGACUAUCGCACUUUCUCAUGUAAAUUUCGGUCGAAAAAUACCAUUAUAUGAAAAUCAAGUAUUUCAUAUACUGAACAAAUCCUUGAAGGCAAAUACCAAAGAUUUUCUUCUUUGUAUCACGGUAUUCAUUCAUUACAUGCUGCGGUUUGAGAAAACUAAUUCCACUCAUAGAUAUGUAUUUCUCUCCAAAGUAUUUCAACACCUUUCAACAAUUUCCAUGGCUGAACAACAAGCUGUUUGCCAAGCAUUAACACAUUUCUCCUCUUUACGACAGAUUGUAUGCCGAUUCGUACGUCAGUCCAAUUGGAAGGAUGAAACAAAUGCACUGACACAAGUCUUUCAGAUCAAUUCAGCUUUAUUGACUGAUAUGUUUCGUUCAUCGUCAUUUGACCUCUCACAUAACUCUGCUGUUCUUUCAUCAUGUAUGUAUCUGAAUGCAAUAGCUUAUGACAUUCAGUUGGUCGAGAACUGGUUCUAUAGUACUACUGAUACGAACGACGCAUCGCCUUCGACGAAAUCUUCCAUUCCAUUCGACGAUCUCCUACGAGAACUCAACGAGUACAUCAGCAUUUUUGAUCGAUUGAUGUUAAGUUCAACGAUAAUCGCAAAUAUUACAAAUCUUCUUUCGUUGUCUUUGUCCGUUAUCGAUGAGUCUCAGUUAAUGGCUCUGAAUCAAUCGCUACGCUAUUUUAGUGAAUUAGAAGACGAGGAAUCGACCUCAACGAUUAUCAAUCAAUGGUUACCAUGGCACGCCGAUCCGAAACGUAAACUAUUCGCUUUUCAUGGUGCAAUAUUGCUCGCUGAACACGAAGUCUGGACAUCUGACGUUCUCCAUAUUUGCUGUGAGUUACUCAAUCAUAGCGAUGAUUUCUUUCGAAGAAAAGCAUCAAAGAAGCUGCAAACGUAUGCAGACUUACAUGAACACAACAACUUAGACAUAAUUAUCGGAUGGCUAAACACGUGGAAUGAAUAUCCGUCGGAAAAGCUUAUGCAAGUGAAACAGAGUCUACGUUGUACGUUUUAUCUGCAUUACUCCAAUGAAAUCGAUCUAAUUAUGCAAAGCGAACGUCAACGAUUUGACGCUACACAGACAAGCAACUCUCAAUGGAAUCUUCUUCCUCUUCAAAUUUCUUUUUUCGACCUAAUUGGGACUAUUAGCUUAGAUGGUGCAGGUUAUAUGCAGAAAAUCUUCCAAAAUCUGUCGAACUCCGAUGGUUCAACCGACAAAACCUUUCUAUUAUGGGUUAUAAAUCAUAGUUUCAACAAUGAAUUUCUUGGAAAACAAAUGAGCAAGUAUCUCGAUUUUCUAUUUCGACUUAUGCAUGAUGAUCAUAGUGCAGAAACACGAGUUGCUGCUGCGCGAGCUGUAAUUUGGUGUCAAGAAGAUGAUCAUGUCAGAAAUAAUCUAUGGGAUAUUAUACGAAAAGCAAUAGAUAAUCACGGUUCAAUUGAAGACGGACGUCUUUUAAUUGCUUGCUUUUGGUCGUUAUAUUUUGGAAUCCAAUCCAUCAGAGAAGAUGAGCUGAAGGAGCUGCAAUCAAUAUACAGGAAUUCAUCCGACCUCAUGAUCCGUAAGGCCACUCUGUUGGGUUUAAAUCAGCAUAUAAUUCAAAAUCCACGAGAGUAUUCAAUUGACGAUGCUUAUUCGUCGUUUGUCAUGAAUGUCGACUAUUAUUUAUCGAAGAAUGGAUAUCAAAAUGGUUAUGAUGCGCCUUUUCAUCAGGCCGUCAAAUGGAUUAUUGAGCAUGAGUCACAAAUAUUGCGAACAUUUGUUCAGCACACAUUUGACGCAUUGAAUAAUAAUACAUGGCAACGUUAUGAAAUGAUCCAAAUAGCCGAUUACUUAUGCGAGGAAAUAUCUGACAAAUUUCGUCAAGUUGUUCGUCAAAGUUCAUUCGGCGAACAAUCUUUCAAGGAUGCUGUUUACAAAGCUUACAGAGAAACCGACAAUUACCGACAAAAGCUUUCGUGUUUUUAUGUUUACGCUAGUUUUCAGCACAUAACAGUCGAGUACGUAUCGAUGAUGAUGAUAUUAGCUCUACAAGAUGGUAUUGAAUCCAAUCCUGCUCGUUCUUCAUUACGUUCAACGAUUUCUAAAAUAGAAAUUUUGCGAGACCGAGAGCCAGUUGAAUUACUCUUGUCAUUCAUGCACGCUGAAUCCCUUUGUCAACGCAUCUAUGCAGCUAAGACACUCUGCCGUUUGGUCAAUAUUGAUGAAAUUUCAGUUACCGAAUGCCGACAGUCCCUUAUUACAGCAAUCGAAGAUCCUUGGUCGCAUCAAAAAUCGUUCCACCGUUUUUCAACAGAACAAUUAGAUUCUGAGUUGAAACAAGUAUUUCAUGUUUUGCUAUUCGGAAAAAUCAACCCGAACCAGCCGACCUUACCUUCACUAGACAUUUUUUAUGAAAAUACCUCUCGAACAAUAGCAUCAAGUAUGUUUUCUGUCUAG